AUGUCUUCUCCACCCAGCUCGACGCCAAGCAAUAAUAGCGUAGCCACCCCGGACGUAACCCGUCUCGAUUUUGGCAAACUGGGGCUACCCGAGUAUCGGAACAAGUGGGUCGCACACGACGCAAUUAAUGGUUUAUCUUCCGCCAUAUUAACAAACAUGAAAUUCAAAGGUUCCUUCGUGCCGCGGAAACGGAGCAUACAUGGUCUCAAGCGACUCACAGUGGGACCUACGUCAGUUCUGGAAAAUCGGCAAAAUAAAUCCACAAAGUUUCGUAACUCAUCUCGAAUCAUCUUUGACUCUUCUACCCUCGCAUCCGAGCUCUUCACCCGAGUUAAACCCUACCUUUCAUCUAUCGAACGCCUCCAAACUUCACCUCUCCAUGCCCAAUUUGCCAAUGGGGUAACUUACUUGACUGAUCCACCCGCAAUGAUGAUAGGGUUUAAUGAACGAUUAAGGUUUUUGAAGUAUUCACCCGGUCAGUACUUCAGGAAACAUUGCGACGGAAACUAUCAUGACCCCGGAUCCGGCCGCAUCUCUUACUAUACACUCCAAUUGUACUUGAACGACGUCUCUCCUGACCAAGGCGGAUCAACUCGUUUCUGGGGUUCCCCGUGUUCGAGCGGAGAGCGUGCACCCUACGUAGACGUCCAACCUAAACUUGGGCGAGCCCUUGUAUUUGAACAGGCCGGGCUGUUACACAGUGGGCAAGACGUCUUCAGCGGUGGUGAGAAAUACACGAUUCGAGCAGAACUGAUGUACGAAGUCAUUCACGAAGGGGCUGAAGUUGUGGAAGAGGAAGAACCGCUCAUACCAGAGCCACCCCAACAUGAUACUGGAAACCUAGAUGCGCCACUCCCGGUCAUAGCGCAUCGACUUGACUUUGUCAAGUUGGGGCUGCCUGAGUAUGAGCAAAAGUUUGCCAUGGUUAUCGACAACUUGUUUACCCCUGAAGACUGUGCCCGAUUCGUAGCAAAGGUAGAGUCAGAGAAGGAGUGGGAAGCAGCUGCUGUCAACAUUGCGGCGAAUGCACAGAUCGUAGAUACCUCUUACCGCAACUCGAGUCGUAUCUUAUACGACAAUGAAGAGUUGGCAAACGAGAUAUAUGAAAAACUGAAGCCCUACCUGAAGGAUAUUGGGCAGAUAGAGCAUUCUGAUAUGCAUAAAUACACUCUCCAAAUGUCUACAGAGCCUCCCGCCCAGUUGGUGGGGCUGAACGAAAGGCUUAGGUUUCUGAAAUAUGGGCCAGGUCAAUUCUUCCACAGGCACUGCGACGGCAUAUACUCCACCCCCGAUGGGAAACAAACUUCUUACUAUACUUUACAACUUUACCUCAACGGAUCAGCAGAAGACAUCAAAGGAGGCGCCACCAGGUUUUGGAAGACAGGAAGUAUAGACGGGCCUGAUAGGCGCAAGGUCCAACCAGGUAUACCACUUCGCAAAUUUGUCGACAUAGAGCCGAGGGUCGGACGGGCAUUAAUAUUUGAAAGGGGAAUGGUGCACAGCGGUGAGGACGUUAAAAAGGGAACGAAACUCACCGUACGCACGGACCUCAUGUUUGAAGCGUGCCUGGAUGACCCGUCGAAGAGGCUACCGAAUGAACACGAGAUAGCCCAAUGUAUCCAAUGA